UGUAAACACCCUAGAGGGAGGCGAGUUAAGAGCUCACAGUCUCAUGCACCCUUGAGCAGCAGCUGAAUGCCCAUGUUUGGAGAAUUUGCCUCGUUAGACGAACGCUGCUGCCGAGAGAUGAACAUGAGGCGGUUGAAUAGUCACGUGACACUUGUAGUACUGGCGGGAUAUCUCGCUGUUUCUCUCAGCAGAGAAAAUAGAGAGCAACCGGUUCUUCUUGAUUGUGUCGUCUCGGUUUCUACACAUGGACAUCUUUUUUGGCGUCUCUAGACCAACCUAUAUCUAGGCAAAGUGUGUGUGUGUGUGUGUGUGCAAACAGCUCAAGGAAGAAGGGAGAGUAGUGCCCAACGGGGCACACUAGCGUUCAUUACAUACAACUGAAAGAGUUCAUUCUCUUACAGUGUGCUACGUCAUCGACAACGAUACAAACAUUGCUCUCCCUGCAGAUGAAACUCACGCUCACUCGGAUCGUGGAGGUGAACGGCAGAGAAUCUUAUCAAGAGGUGCUGCUGCCAAGUGUCACGGGCGUUCAAGUUCUAACUAGCGAGACUCUGAAGCCUUUACAAUUGCAUUUCUAAUGAGUCUGAAGAAAUUGUUGAAAAAGCCAAAGACCUCGGAAGAUUGCGCCGUUUCAUCGUUUGAAGACAAAAUGACACCUAUGCGACGUUUCGCUCUAUGGAUUGUGACUAUUCAGAUAGUGAUGAUAAUUGGCAUUAUGAGCGUCUACACUUUCCAGCCCGGAUGGUCGUCAACUUUGACAGCCUUUUACGCCGCAGGGGAAGCGGAAGAAUCCUAUAAUGAGGUCGUCACAUAUCCGAUCAUUUUACCUUCUCUUCCAGAAAGCUACACGCUGGUUGAUGACGACCGACCGUAUUUUACGUUCCUACCCAACGACUUGAGCUGUUUUACGACCGGGACUGAUUUGAUGAAAAGCAGCAGCUCUCCCCCGGGUUCCAGUUGCACCUGUUUGGCGGGUUAUUACGGACCUGAUUGUGGCAUACCGGGCCCAGUCUGGCACGCUUGUCAGACUUUAAACAAUUGUUCCGAUUUGAAAGUACGGAAGACGCCACGUCGUCUCAUCCACGGACUAAACAUCAACCACGAACUCGAAUUCUUUCAAGUUCGACUCGAAGAAGUGGGUGAUGUGUUGGAUGUUGUUAUCGUUGGCGAAUCGAAUCUGACGGCUGGAGGGGAUGUGAGCCCAUUGUACCUACUGCCGGAACUUCGCAAAGGAUUCAUGAGCGGCUUCCAGCACAAAAUUAUCCACAUCUUCAUCGAUCACUUCCCACCUGAGGGACUGACAGACGGGUGGUUUGCAGACACAUUUAUACGUGACUACAUGGGCCAGGAAGGCCUUAAACGCAUCAAAGGUAUUCGAGAUGACGAUCUAUUUUUGUUGCUGGAUGCCGACGAGAUUCCCGAUAGGAACGUCUUGCUCUUUUUGAAGCUUUACGAUGGUUAUCCGGAACCGAUUGCCUUGACUUUGCGUUGGUCCAUCUACGGUUUCUUCUGGAAACGAUCCGUCAGUGAUUCGCCGCACGUUGAAGACGUCACUCGUAUCGUGGCCAUUUCUACAAUGCGGAUGAUUCGUCAAGUCUACGACGGCAAGGUAAUGAGCAUCCGCCGUAAUUACCUCACGACCGAACCACUGCUAAGCCGAGUGGAGACUUACAAGAAGAGCGGCCAUCCUGUCAAAGAGUGGAACAUUGGCGAGGUUGGCGCUUACGCCGGAUUCCAUUGUUCCUGGUGCUACAGUCCGGAAGGAAUCAAGCUCAAAUUAAUGUCGGCCCAAAAGGACGAUAAACCGCGAUGGGGCGACUUUCCUGAUAAAUUAGAUCUCGGAUACAUUUCUGGAUUGAUCCAAAAUGGACGCUGGUUCGACAAUUCACAACCAUUCUUCCUAGUCAAGCCGGAACAGGAUCCCCUCUAUGCGCCUGCUUACAUUCUAAAGCACAAAAAUAGAUUUCAUUACUUGUUGGAUCCACCAUCUUCCAACAAGACGACCAGUUCAACUUGACUUGUAUGUAAAUGACGUUUUGGGGGAAAAUUUCUGAUGAUGAUAAGUGGCAAAACGCCCAUAAAAUUUAAAUUAAUCCACUUGUUCGGGUGUAAAAGGAAGAAAAAUAUGUAUAUUCGAUUGGGGCCAUUAGUCGGCUCCCUUUUGGCGUUUUGUCUGAUAUUUUUGUUUCCUUGAUAUAUAUAUAUAUAUAUUUUUCUCCAGUAUACAGGAUGAAUAUACA